AUGUCGAGUAGGGAUUCAAUUGACCAGGGCACUGAGUUACUACCAAUUUCAACUCCUCAGAAGAGUGCAUAUCAUCUGCUUCAAAGUGCCUGGUCAGGAGAUUCCGAAAGAGGGCCAAAAGAAAGCCCAUCAGACGAUGAGGAGACCCCACUUAAUCCCAAAAGAAGUAUAUUUCGUGAUGGCGCCCGAUUCGAAGGGUGGAAGUUCACCAUAUUUGUGGCUUUUGUAAUCUCCUUGGUCGUUCUAUUUUUCAACAUUGGCUUUCUACUCUACACCGCCGCAAACCCCCGGCAAGACGAUCUGCAUCUUUACCCUAUUGAAUAUCAGCAUGAAUAUUCCCGGGGUGAACACCACAAAAAAAACACUGUUUUGUACGAGGGUGACUGUGAGAACGUGCACCGGUUGAGCACUGGCUUCCAUUUACUCGUGAACUUGUUGAGCACAGCUCUAUUGAGUGCUAGCAAUUUCGGAAUGCAAUGCCUCUCUGCUCCGACAAGGAAGGAUAUAGAUCAAGUGCAUCGGUGGGGCAGUUGGCUCGAUAUUGGAGUUCCUAGUGUUCGCAACCUGUUCCGGGUAUCUCGCAGGCGCUCGAUCUUGUACAAUUCCGCGAUCUACGAAACAACCGCGGUGUUUGCUUACGAUAUAUUUGCUGGCUCUGGCUCUUUUCCACAUGAGAAUUGGUCAGACCUGCAUUCGAAAAGUGUGCUGGAUUUACAACAAGAGGCGGAACAAGACUCCCUACAUAACCUCUUUUACGCAGCAAAAAAUGGAACCCUUGACCGUCUACAAGGACCCGAAUGCCUAGAUGCCUUUGCUCAGACCUUCCAGAAAGUAUACAGCAAGCUUUUGAUUGUGACUGAUUAUGGCGAAGGAAACCAUUCAUAUGGCCUGGUCCACACAAACCCUGUAUUCAAGCCGUCAGACUACUUUUCUGGCAGGAGUGGUCCGUACGAUUGGAUAUGUCCCCGUGACGCGGGAUAUAUCUGCAACGUGAGCUCUCUUCCCAAUAUUCGAUCACAAAUUGCCAUCGACAACUGGACUGUCGGACACUACAAGAUUGAUUACUGCCUAGCAGAGAAGGAGCAGCAACGUUGCAAGCUGCAGUACUCAUUCACAAUAUUGAUGGUUGUGAUUUUGUUCAACUUACUCAAAACCGUCAUCCUGUUCUAUAUGUGGCUUCAAAUACCAGAUACCGAUACACCUAUUUUGACACUCGGCGAUGCUAUUGCUUCCUUCUUACGGCGCCCGGAUCGGUACACGCAAGGUGGCUGUCUACUUGCCUAUCGUAACGUGAGACACAUGCUUCGCUUCUCCCCAAAAUCAUUCAAGAAAAGACCGCUGGAGGAGCCGAAACCAUUUUCCACAAAGCGGAGACGAUGGGGUACCGCCCUCUCCCUUCGGCGGUGGACAUUUAGUAUAAUUAUGUGGAUUAUUGCCAUCACGGCAUGCCUGUUCCUACUUGGAUAUGGACUCUCCCGGAUUGGACAAGGCGUGUCUAUCUGGGACCUACCACUGGGAGCCACCGUUGCGGAUACCUUGAUAACAGGUGCCCACUGGCCAAAUAACCUGGAACUCAACGUUAUCAUCGCCAAUGUGCCACAACUCAUCUUUUCUUUUCUCUACUUUGCCUUCAACAGCCUCCUAACUACAAUGACUGUCGCGGCCGAAUGGAGCGGAUACGCUGCGUAUCGUAAAGGUCUCCGCGUCUCGAACAACGCAAAAAUAUCCCAGCGAAGCAAAUACUUCCUCUCAAUACCUUAUCGCUAUUCCAUGCCACUCAUGGCUGCCUCAGUCACCCUCCAUUGGCUGAUCUCACAGAGUCUGUUUAUGGUUAGAAUUGAAGCGUUCGACUCGAAAAUGAUCAGGGAUAUUGAUGCAGAUCUGAUUACCUGCGGUUACUCGCCCGUCGCGAUAGUAAGUGCUGUGGUAGUUGGGGGAUUCACGUUCUUCUGCCUGCUGGGCCUGAGUUCCAAGCGGUUCAAGACGGCAAUGCCGGUAGUGGGGAGCUGUAGCUUCGCAAUUUCUGCCGCGUGUCAUCCGGACUUUGAUCCAAACGAGAAUAGAACUGUUCGGUCGGACAAUGGGGAUGAGGAUAUGGCGCUUUUGCCUAUUAAGUGGGGGGCAGUUGGAGCGGCGGUGCCGGUCGGUAGGUAUGUCGGACAUUGCAGUUUCACGUCGGAAGAUGUCGAGCUGCCCAGAAAAGGAAGGAUCUACAGAUGA